UCAACCGCGAAAGUGUUUACGGUCACGAGCUCUGCGGGCGAGGUACAGCGGCAUGCGCACCAGGCAACCGAGUCGCCGCUGGCCGAACGCGAACCGAGCACGCACUGUAGGCUUUGCCAGUGUGCAUAUCGUACCGUACCUGUUGAGCUAAUUGCGGAGAAUCUGAAGUCGUUAUUAUUGUCAAGAAAAGCAGAUUAAAGAGAUAACAUCAGCCGAUAUAUCAUCCUGUUUGUGACACCACUUCUGAAGUCAUGAUGAAGGCAUUAUGUGUUCUACUCCUUUGCCUUGUAGCUGUAGCAACAACUUUUGCUUUUCCAGAGCAUCUUUUUCGUCAACAACAGACUCCCGACCCUGAAGUGAAACAUUGGGCUCUUCUCGUGGCUGGAUCAAAUGGAUGGUACAAUUACAGACAUCAGGCUGAUAUCUGUCAUGCCUACCAGAUCCUUCACAAGCAUGGCAUUCCAGAUGAACAGAUCAUCGUCAUGAUGUAUGAUGACAUCGCCUACAACAGAGAAAAUCCUAACCAAGGGGUAAUCAUCAACAAGCCUAACGGACCCAACGUCUAUCCUGGAGUUCUCAAGGACUAUACUGGUGAUGAUGUUACUCCAGAGAAUUUCCAAGCCUUGCUUCAAGGAGAGAAACCUCAUUCUUGUAACAACUGCAGUGGAAAAACUCUGAAGAGUGGCAGCACCGAUCAUGUCUUUGUUUACUUUGCCGACCAUGGAGGACCAGAUCUCAUUGCCUUCCCAGAUGGAGAGUUGGAAAGGAAUGAGCUGAUGAAGACCCUGAAGAAGAUGCACAAACAUGAGAAAUUUGCAAAGCUUGUGUUCUACCUUGAAGCCUGUGAGAGUGGAUCCAUGUUCAAGGGACUGUCAGAGGACCUCAACAUCUACGCCACCACCGCAGCGAACCCAGACGAGUCCUCCUGGGGUUUCUACUGUAACAAUUCUAUGGAUAACUGCCUGGGAGAUGAGUACAGUAUCCACUGGAUGGAAGAUUCCGAUGUGGAGGACCUGAGCGCAGAGACGCUGAACAAACAGUUCCGCAUCGUGAAGAAGGAAACGAAGAAGAGUCACGUUCAGGAGUAUGGUAACCUCACCAUGGCAUCAGCGGCAGUCGAUCAGUACCAGGGUGGUAGUGAUGGACAGAUGCACAUCUACAAGGACGCGGUUCAUGAGGAAACCCCCGUCAGUGAGCUUGACUUUGUACCAUCCAGAGAGGUUGAGAUGACCAUGCUGUACCGUCGGCUGAUGAAGACGACCCAUCCUACAGACAGGGAUGCUAUCCUCAAGAAGAUCAACAUCUUGGUCCAGACCCAGCGUGACAUCAUCCAGACUAUGUGUACGAUCGUCAUGUCUGUGACCUCUGACUUGGAGGCCGUAGAAGCUCAUCUCCAGCGCCCUGAGCAGCUCACAAUCCUAGACUCGGACUGCUAUCAUAGCUCUGCCAAGCUCUUCUCCGACAGGUGCUUCAGGCUCGGCCAGAAUGACUAUGCCAUGGGCAUUGUAUACACCUUUGCAAACAUGUGUAAUGCCAACAUCCAGCAAGAAGCGAUCUUGAAUGCCAUCAAGAACAUCUGCUAGAGUUUGCGCCGUCCUUUAUUAGUACCUGAUCCAAGUCUGUUGUACAUCUAAUUAAUGGAAGUCUUUCACGAAUGGUAGCUCUAAUAGAAUAUUUUGUAAAUUUGAUCACAAAAUCAUGUUAAAAUAAUUAGCUUUAGAACGCAUGACCUUAAAAUAUCCACAAUUUAGAAUAAUUACUGAUGAUGUGCUUCAUGAAUACCUUUGGUUCACCUCUUGAUAAAUGUACUAUCGUUGAAUAACAUAAUAAUGAGCACGAUACCAGUAUUCGUCUCAAUGGAUUAACAAAUCAGCCAAUACGCAGAUACAGUGUCGUAAUUACGAACUGACUUAUUUGUCAGCAAACUAGUCUCUUUGAAUGUAUACAUCUAAUUAAUGGAAGUCUUUUAUAUGGCAGGUCUAUUUUGCACAAUUAUUAGUCAUGCUUGUAUUUACAGUACUACUACUCUGCCACCCCCUAAAAAA